AUGGAAUGCAUCUUUGGUUUUACCGGCAAAGACUAUGUCAUGACAGCUACAGAUAGUACCGUUUCACAGAGCAUACUGGUCAUGAAAUCUGACGAGGACAAAUCCCGCGCCUUGAGCAAACGUAUCAUUUUACUAUUUUCCGGGACGCCGGGGGAUACUGUGCAAUUCGCAGAGUUUAUUCAGAGAAACGUGAGGCUGUACGAGAUUAGAAAUGGAGUCGAGUUAUCAACAAAGUCGGCUGCUACUUUUACGCGAAGAGAGUUGGCGGACAGCCUGAGAUCAAGGAAUCACUACCGCGUAAAUCUCAUUCUGGCUGGAUACGAUUUAACUACCGAAUCGUCUCACCUUUAUCAGCUCGACUAUCUCGGUAGCUCGAUAGCUGCUCCCUACGGUGCUCAUGGUUACGCUGCACAUUUCCUUUUCUCCAUUUUUGAUCGUUACCAUCGUCCAGAUCUUUCGUUCGAGGAAGGAAAGGCAUUGAUGAAGAGGUGUAUCAAUGAGUUACAAAAGAGAUUUCUUAUUAAUCUACCAAACUUUACAGUCAAAGUAGUAGAUAAAGAUGGAAUUAGAGAAAUUGUAGUUUAA